AUGGAUGAACAAAGGAGACAAUGCGUGGCAGCUCACAGCAGCUACACUAGUGGGACUUCAAAGCAUACCAGGCCUUGUGAUUCUCUAUGGCAGCUUAGUAAAAAGAAAUGGGCCAUAAACUCAGCAUUCAUGGCCUUCUAUGCUUUUGCAAUGGUUCUUGUAUGUUGGGUAGGGUGGGGUUUCCGCAUGUCAUUUGGUGAAAAACUUGUGUUUUUCCUCGGAAAACCUGCGGUUGCGUUGGACGAGAAGUUCUUGCUUGGGCAAGCAUUUUUAGGAUACUUUCCAACAGCCACAAUGGUGUUCUUUCAAGGCGUUUUCGCGUGCAUCACGUUGAUUCUGAUCGCUGGUAGUCUAUUAGGAAGGAUGAAUUUCCUUGCUUGGAUCAUGUUUGUGCCCCUGUGGCUAACAUUUUCUUACACGAUCACUGCAUUUAGCAUAUGGUGUCCGGAUGGGUGGUUGGCCAAGCUUGGGGUAAUUGAUUUUUCAGGAGGGUACGUUAUUCAUCUCUCUGCUGGUGUUGCUGGUUUCACUGCAGCAUAUUGGGUGGGUCCAAGAAUUGACAAGGACAGAGAGAUGUUCCCACCAAACAAUUUAAUUCUGAUGCUUGCGGGGGCAGGCUUGCUUUGGAUGGGGUGGAGUGGAUUCAAUGGUGGAGGUCCCUUCGCUGUCAGCACUAUUUCAUCUCUAGCAGUCCUUAACACCCAUGUUUGCACAGCCACUAGUUUGCUUACAUGGCUACUUCUCGACGCUUGCUUCUUUGGAAAACCUUCUGUGAUCGGUGCUGUACAAGGCAUGAUCACUGGUCUUGUUUGCAUCACUCCUGCUGCUGGAGUUGUGCAAUGCUGGGCGGCAAUACUGAUGGGAAUUAUAUCAGGAAGUGUUCCAUGGUACACAAUGAUGGUUCUACACAAAAAGGUGAAGUUUUUAAGACUAGUUGACGAUCCUAUGGCCAUAUUCCACACGCACGCCGUUGCCGGAGGCCUAGGAGGCAUCCUCACCGGUUUCUUCGCCGUUCCUAAAUUAUGUCGCCUUUUUUACAUGGUGUCCGAUUGGGAAAAAUACAUUGGCUUAGGCUAUGGUCUCCAAAACGGUCGAACUUCUGCCGGAUUUCGACAAAUGGGAAUUCAACUAGGAGGAAUUCUUUUUGUUGUAAUUAUAAACAUUGCUACUACAAGCAUGAUUUGUUGGUUUGUUGCGCUGUUUGUUCCAUUAAGGUUGUCUGAUGAAGAAUUGCAAAUUGGUGAUGAUGCAAUACAUGGAGAAGAAGCUUUUGCAUUGUGGAAUGACGAGGAGACAUUUGAGAAUGCCAAGAGUAAUUCAGUUUUUGAAGCAGAAGAUGCCUCGUAUAUGAAAUCAAUGUCUUUAGGUGAUGUUCAAAUGGUAUGA